UGUCACACUUCGUCCACUUUGAAUUUGGUGCAUUCAGUCAGAAAACGGAAGCAGGAAGGAGGCAGGAUCCACGCUGACCCCGACUAAUUCAUAACACGUUCUGAACAUCGGCCAGUGUUAAAAUGUUCGUGAACUUGUUUGUAGUGUGCCUUUGCGUCGUCCCUUUGUUGGCCCAAGCCCUGUACAAGGAUAGCAGUGACGUUAAUGUUGUUUUGAUGGUGAACGGGUGCAGGAACAGGACUUCGGACGUGUCCUUCAACACCCAAAGUCUUGUGAAUGCCGCCAUUUGGACUACGCAAAGGAUCAACUUCUUAGAAGUUACCAAUCCAUUGAAGUUUGGCCUCAGUGUGAUACAAACUUGUACGCAAAAAGACUCCAUUAAUGCUGUUUUCAAUAUGUAUAACAGCAGUGAAGAGAAUUAUCUUGUCGGAUUGAUCAGUGAAGAAAGGCUUGAUUUACAAGUGGAAGAGUUAAGUGAUGUUCUGGGUAUAAAAACAACAACUUUACCAAAAGUCUAUAAGCAUAUGGUGAAAAGUGCAGUGGAAUUUUUGGGCAUGAUGAACUGGUAUCAAAAUGUAACUGUUAUAGUUGAUAACGAAAGGAUUUUAAGUGAGUUUUAUACGUUUACAACCAGAAAAUUUAUAUGUGUCAACAAUUAUUUUACAUUAAGGAGAAACCAUCACACAAACUAUAACAUAUCAUCAGACACUGUGGUGUUUUUUGGAAAUAAUGAAGAAAUUCAUAGUUUUAUAAAUGAAACUGAAGAUAAGAUUUCUUAUAAUAAUAUAUUAAUAGUACCAACGGAUGGAUCGGUGCCAAGAGGUUUGCCAACUGAUUCUUACGUGAUCAUUCCUAACUACACUCCACUAUCAAAGAAUUUUAAGAAAACAACAAAUGUAGAGUUGACUCCUCAACUAUUCGACAUAGCAAGUCCUUUAUUAAACUUUGCUUACACAAUUGGUGAUUACCUGAAGGAAAAUUGCAAUGACACAUUUUACAAAUUAAAUUGCCUCAGGAGCAAAUUCAAUAACGAUUUUCCACGUAGGACGUACCCACCUUCGGAAAUAUUAGAUGAUUUGAAGAUACAACCUUUAGAAGAACACUUUGUGUACAACGUGUAUGUUGUGGAUGUCAACAACGACACGGAGAGCUUGACCAAAAACAACUUUCUACUUCCCUUAACCAAAGUUUUCACUUUCAAUUUCUUGACUGGGAAGUGGUUCGUCCAUAAUGUCUCUGUAAUACAGGAAAAUUUGGAACUGCACAACGAAACAAUAGAAUACUGCAAGGAGAAUGCCAAUUAUUGUAUAAACAAUUGUAAAAACUACCUAGAAAGUUACCUGGAGAAUCAAGAAAUGAUAUCAGAAACAAUUUUCUCACAAAUCAUCAUUAGAACCGACGCGUGGGUGUACGCGUUCCUUUCCUUGUCUGUCCUAGGCAUUUUGUUCUGCAUUGCCAUUCUAAGCUUCAUUCUUAUAAGUAUCUGCCGCAGAGACAUUCUGGAAGGCAAUCCGACGCUAACCAUAACCCUACUCAUAGCUGUGAUGCUUAUGUUCUUGUCCGUUCUGCCAUUCUGCGUCAACGUCACAUCAGGUACCGCCAGAGACGUGGUGUGUCUUCUAAAAGCGUUGGCAGUAACACUAACCUACGCCCUGGCCUACUCUCUUCUUUUGUCAAGAUGCAUUUUGUUGGCUUCCGCCUCCAAAGAAAUCGGUUUCAUGUCACACGUAUCAGGAAGCGUGCAAUCUUUCUUGUGCCUCUUCAUAUUCGGAGUCCAAAUAGCUCUUAGCAUUCAAAUUAUCGGUAGAUGUGCCGACUUUUUCAGAGGGUACACGUUUAUCUUCUUCAUGUCCUACGACAUCAUGUUGCUGAUGUUGCUGCUGUGCCUCUGCCCCCUGAUCUACAAAUGCCAGAGGAACUAUCGUGAAGGGAAGUACUUCGUAAUCGCCAUUUGUCUGACCACAAUCGUCUGGUGCUUUUGGCUCCCGUUGUAUUGUUGCAUGGGCCACAACUGGAAGGAGCCCAUUUUGUGCUUCGGAGUCGUGAGCACGGCCAGCAUCUUCCUCGGAAGCAUCUUCAUCCCCAGGACUUAUCUAAUGACGAUUGCCAACGCCAGGGAUAAAAUCACGAGCAGGCUGCCCUCGCUGGCCACGGCGACCAGUGCCAUCGAUAUCUACAGAGCAAACACGCAAGUAGCCCGUCUACGAUUGCGUGAAUGUGGCAGCCAUAAACGCAGUCAACGUCGCCAGAGCGGGAGUCGUAGGCACAACAAUACAGCAGCCGGAUCUGUAUUCCUGUCCAACGCUGCCGGAUGAUGAUGAUAUUGACUUCCGUUGUGACAGUCCGCUAAGUACGGACAAAGUGACGAGAUUUUAGAUUUUACCUCGAGUUCUAUUUAUUAAAUGUGUUGAUUUUACAUUUUUUCUGCGUUUCCGUUUUUUGUGUGCAAUGCCGAUGAACUGGGUCAGUAACGAUUUACGAUGUGAUGGGAAUUAAAUGAUGAAAAUAGUAGUUUGGGCAUAUUUUAAUGAGGAAGAAGACAUAGAGGUGCAUCCCAGUAGCACCAAAUCAAUUUAAUAUUAAGUUCUCUUCACUGUUUGAUGUUUUCUUUGAGGGCAUUUUCUGUGUUUAAUAGUUAAUAAAUGUUUUGCUCAUUUUAUGAAGAUGACAAGUAAAACUAGCAUUAAGCUCUUAAGAUGUUUAAGAAAAACUAGUGCAUACAAUACUGUGUUAACCAUAUUACACAUAUUUAUUGUUAAUAUUAUAUUAAUAUUAAAUAUGUUCAGUGAAUUCAAUAUAAUAAGUAAUUAGAACAUUUAAGAUACAAUUAAUAUUGUUACAAUGUAUAAAAUAUCUGUAUCCCAGUGGUAAUUAAUCUGAAUAAACAUACUUUAACAACA